AUGUCCGCCGAAGAGGACUGUAUGGAAGUGAUGGUCGAACUGAGCGGCGGAACGGAACUACUGUUUGGCAAUUGUCGACAACUGAAGGUAAAAGUGGCCAAAAGUGGUGACAAUGGAUGCGAUUUAAGGCAAUUGAUUGAAGUCCUGAAGAAUAAUCAUCUGAAGGAGAGGCCGGAACUGUUUGUUGUUGGCGACAGCGUUAGGCCCGGCAUUUUGGUGCUCAUCAAUGAAGUCGAUUGGGAACUAUUGGGUCAACACAACUAUCGACUCCAACCCAACGAUAGGGUACUCUUCAUAUCCACUCUUCACGGCGGAUGA